AUGGCAGCAGUGAGCUCGGUCUCUGUUCUGCCCCUCGCGCCGCGGAGGCCUCUUCCGCUGAGGCGUGCCGCUAGGAAUGUGUUGGAGGGAGGAGGGAGAAGGGCUUCGAGUCCCCUGCUCCUCGCGAGGUAUGGGCUGCGGCGCGGGCGCCCGGCUGCUGCUGCCGUGGCCGGCGAAGCGGAGUUGCCCCUCGAAGAGGCGGAGGCCGCGAUGAGGGUGGCCGCCGACGACGACAGCAUCACGGCCACGGUGGUGUCCGUGCUGCUCACGGUUGCGUUCGUCGGCCUCUCCCUCCUCACCCUCGGGGUGAUCUACCUGUCCGUACAGGACUUCUUGCAGAAGAGGGAAAAGGAGAAGUUUGAGAAGGAGGAGGCUGAGAGGCAGAAAGAGGAGGCGAGGAAGAAGAGGGCUAAGUCCAGGCAGAAGAGAAGAAAUUAUUGA